AUGGAUACUUGGAAUCUACAGUCGCUGAGCUUGGCCGUGACCGGCUUGUCGGAGAACGGCAGUGACACCGUUGGGAUGCCGCCAGCCCAAGGGGAGCCAGACUUUCAAUUUACGGAAGAUCUCCCGGCUCUUUGCAAGACGCCACAGCAGCAGCUCAAAAGUUUCAAGGUUGAAUUUGUCCCUCUUCAGAGCGGCCCUUACUCCGAUAUCAAUGUUUCUUCGCCAAAGACGCUCCAUCACGGGUCCAACACCUAUAGCACCCUGUCGACUGCAGAUCAAGACAUCAUAUAUGAGGCUCUCAAACAGAGAUGUCACUCCUCCUGCCAGUUAAGGAGGCACAGAUUCGUCCUUCUUGGUGAUAACUACCAAGGCAUCAGACUUCCUGCGGGGAUCAUACUCCAGGACUUCUUGCCUUCCUGGCCGCGAAGCGACAGCGCUCCGAAGCGACGGGUAGUGGCUAUCGACUUUGAUGUCCUGACAAGCGAGGUCUUGAUCAAUAAAUUCGUUCAGCCCCCGGGGAAAGUAAUUAACUGGCGCACCAAGCACAGUGGCAUUACAUCCCGUGCCUUACGGGAAGCCAAGUCUAGAAAGAACUGCCUUGCGAGCUGGCGCGCUGCUAGGGCCGAGCUGUGA